CUAUCAGCACCCACCUACCCUCACUCCCAUGGUCCCCCCUCAAAUUCAUCUCCACCCUUGCCUGGGCUUAAUUAGCCUGAGACUCAUUUCUCGGGGCAUCCUGCUUGCUAUGCCCCCAGGGCUAAUCCAUUUCAAAAUCCUAAGCAGCAGCCUAUGGGGGGGGUGGGGGACAGACACCCUCCAACCCCAGCACCUGCAGUUUCAGCACCUCUGUCCCCACUCUUCUAAGAGAUGGGCUUGGAACCCAGGAGUCCUAGAUCCCAGCCCCCCUGCUCUGAUCACCAGACCCUGCUCCCCUCCCAGAGCCAGGGAGAGAACCCAGGAGAACCUGCUCUCAGCCCUAGUUUCUGUCAAGGUCCCAGUGCAAACCAGUCAUCCCAGCAUGGAUCAGUACAGCAUCCUGGGCAGGAUCGGGGAAGGUGCCCACGGCAUCGUCUUCAAAGCCAAGAACAUAGAGACAGGGGAGACCGUGGCAUUGAAGAAGGUCGCUCUGCGGAGACUGGAGGACGGGAUCCCGAACCAGGCGCUGCGGGAGAUCAAAGCGCUACAGGAGAUUGAGGAGAAUCAGCAUGUGGUGCAGCUGAAGGCCGUGUUCCCCCACGGCGCAGGCUUCGUGCUGGUGUUCGAGUACAUGCUGUCGGACCUGGCCGAGGUGAUCCGCAACGCCCAGCAGCCCCUGACACAGGCCCAGGUGAAAGGCUACAUGCUCAUGCUGCUGCAGGGGGUGGCCUUCUGCCACGCCAAUAACAUCAUGCACCGGGAUCUGAAACCAGCCAAUUUACUCAUCAGCUCUACGGGGCAGCUGAAGAUUGCGGAUUUCGGCCUCGCCAGGGUGUUCUCCAGUGACGCAGGCCGGCUCUACAGCCACCAGGUGGCCACCAGGUGGUACCGUGCCCCGGAGCUCCUGUACGGCGCCCGGAAGUAUGACGAAGGGGUGGAUUUGUGGGCUGUGGGCUGCAUUUUUGCUGAGCUGCUGAACAACUCGCCCCUCUUCCCCGGGGAGAACGACAUUGAACAGCUCUGCUGUGUGCUCCGGGUGCUGGGGACCCCGAGCCAGCGCAUCUGGCCGGAGAUCACGGAGCUCCCUGACUACAACAAGAUCUCGUUCAAAGACAACCCGCCCAUCCCGCUGGAGGAGGUGCUGCCCAACGCCCCCCCACAGGCCCUGCAGCUGCUCAAGCACUUUCUGGUCUACCCUUCCCGGGAGCGCGUGAAGGCAGCCCAGGGGCAACGUGGGCAGAGAAACGGGCUCGGAGGAGGAUCCCGGGGGUGGGGGGGACGAGCCGGGCAAGAUCGCACGGACGAUGCGGUGGGGUGAGGAGAGCGGCAGGCCGGCUGAAUGGAGAGGAAAAGCUGGAUC